AUGGAACAAUGGCUUCGUUAUAUGUCAACUGUUCUUGUACAAUCAUCACCAUCAUCAACUGGAGUGCCUCGUGAUGGUCACUGGGUUGAAGAAUUAUUUCCUGCUACAUACACAAUUGGCGAUUAUCGUUCAACAUUUAAACCUGCUCGUCUUGAUCGUUAUAUGAACACAUUAUCUUCAUUGGAUGGUCCAACUUUGGAAAAAAUUUAUGAACAAUCUUAUUUAUUUCAUAUGAUAGAACGUUUAGUACGUCAAGAUCAACUCGAUCAACAAACAAGAACAAAACAAUCACAGACUGAUACCGAUCAUGAACAUAUUCUUGAUAUAAGAUUAAUAAGAAAAUUUCUUGAAAAACAUGUUAAUUCUAAAGAAGAACGAAAAGGAAUUGAUGAAGAACAAACUGAUGAUCAAUUAUGGUCCUCGGAUGAUUUAAAUACAAUUCGUCAAGCUUAUAUGGGUUAUAAAGAAGAAUGUUUGAAACUACAAGUAGAAAAUACUUAUUAUAAAAAUUUAACAGAAACAUUGCAAGAAAAAUUAAAAACAUGUGAACAAAAGACAGAUGCAUUACUAAUCGAACAUAGUGAACUGAAAAAAGUACAUCAACGUUGGCAAAUUCGAACGUACUCAGCUGAACAAGAGAAUGAAUCAUCUGUAAAAGAAUUAUCAGAUAUUCGACAACAUUUGGAUGAAUUAAUUCAACAAAAUGAUCACUAUCGUCGAGAACAUAUUCAACAUGAAAAAUUAUUAUUAGAAAAACAAACAAAAUUAGAACAAAUUGAAAUGAAAAUUGAACAUUAUGAUAAACGAUUACGAAAAGAAUAUGAACAUAAAUUAGAAAUGUUAGAAAAAAAAUUAAAUGUUCAAAAUGAAAAACAUCAAUUAAUUCAUCAUGAUUUAGAAACAAAAUAUUCUCAAGAACAAAAUCUAAGAAAACAAAAUUUAUUAGCACUUGAUCUUCUACGAAAACAUGUUGCAUCAUCAUCUUCACAAUUAAAUCAACAUCAACAACAUGAAUAUGAUAUUAAACAUGUCAGAUUCGUGAAAGAAUGA